AUGGCUGAAUUAAACGAUUACGGUACGAUGAUCGAUAUCGUUCUCUCGGAUAUGGAUUUGACAACAGUCACAACUAAAAAGGUAAGAAGAGCCUUGAAAGAAGUCUAUGCAAUUGACGUUGAAUCACAGGGGAAAGCCAUUAACAAAUUGAUUAGGAAACACUUGGAUCUUGUAAUAGAAAGGCCGCGCUUUGAAAGAUCUCUUCAGGAUCUACUAAGGGAAAAUACCACUUUGGCGAUGAAACUCUCCAAGGAAAUGAUCGUAAACAAACGAUCAUCAGAGGAAGAGAAAAAAAAUGAUGAUGAAACCAAAGGUACUCAUAUUAAGAGGAAAAAAGGCGCUGCUAGUAAGUCACCUAUUUCAACACGAAAAGUUAUAUUAUCGAAAUCAUUGGCGGGUUUACUAGGAGAUAAUCAAUUGACGAGGACCGAAGUAGUACGACGAAUCUGGGCAUAUAUUAAAGAGCAUGGUCUACAGAAUCCUAAUAACAAGAAAGAAAUACUGUGCGACGAAAAAUUAGAAUUGAUACUCGGCAAAAGUACUGAUAUGUUUGAGAUGCACAAAACUUUGGCAAGCCAUAUGACGGACCCUAAUAAAACAAGCGAUCCUCUCCCUCUUAUCCAAGAACUCCAUAAAAAAGAAAAGCUCAGCAUUUCAGAUUCUGAGAAAUCAGAUGCAAAGGGAAUCUGA